AUGGCCGAUGGAUACGCACGCCUAACAGGGAAAGCUCAGUGCGUCAUUGUCCACGUCGACGUGGGCACUCAAGCACUCGGUGCCGCCGUCCACAAUGCGUCCUGCGGACGUUGCCCAGUUCUCAUCUUUGCCGGUUUGUCGCCGUACACUAUCGAAGGGGAGAUCUUAGGCUCAAGGACUGAAUUCAUUCACUGGAUCCAGGAUGUGCCGGAGCAAAGACAGAUCGUGGCUCAGUACUGUCGAUAUACUGCAGAGCUGAAAACAGGCAAGAACAUAAAGCAGAUGGUCAACCGGGCUAUUCAAUUUGCUACGAGCGAUCCCGCGGGUCCAGUUUAUCUCGUUGCUGCCCGCGAAGUGAUGGAAGAAGUGAUCAAUCCCUACCCUGUGCGUCAAGAUGUUUGGAAGCCAGUCAAGUCUGGUGCUCUACCACAACACGCUGUGGAGCUGAUCGCAUCCAACUUGGUACAUGCGAAAGAGCCACUAUUGAUCACAGGUUACUCAGGUCGCAAUCACGACACAGUCAAGGAGCUCGUCAAGCUGGCAGAUGCGGUUCCUGGUCUUGGCGUCGUCGACAUGGCUGGAACCGACGUAUGCUUCCCCUUUUCCCACCGCAGCUCGCUAGGACUAGGCUUCAGCAACCACGAAUCCGUCAGAACAGCCGACGUGAUCAUUGUCGUUAAUUGUGACGUCCCUUGGAUACCAACUCAGUGCACACCACGCUCGGAUGCCAAGAUAAUCCAUAUCGACGUCGACCCCCUGAAGCAGAUGAUGCCCGUCUUCUACAUUGCAGCCACACAUCGCUACCGAGCUGAUGCUGAGACAGCUCUCUACCAGCUACACACCUACAUUGCUCGAGAUGAGACUUGUCGCGAGAUUCUCCAAUCUGAGGCGAGUAGUCACAAGUGGCAGGCACUCGCAGAUUCACACGCCAAACAACUCGCAAUCUUCAGAGAUUUCGCCAGAUCGCCCGUUGACACCAAUCACGCGCCAAGUGCAUCGUACCUUUGUGACCAACUACGCAGAACUUGCCCUCAAGACACCAUCUGGUGUGUAGAGGCCGUCACAAACUCUCACUGGGUGUCCCAGCAAUUGCAAGUCGACAUCCCGGGGCACUGGAUCAACUGUGGAGGAGGUGGUCUGGGAUGGUCAGGUGGCGCCAGUCUGGGGAUCAAGCUCGCUUCCGACGCAUUGCACGGCGGUCGAGGGAAAGGCAAAUUUGUUUGUCAGAUCGUGGGGGAUGGAUCAUACAUGUUCACGGUCCCCAGUAGCGUCUACUGGAUAGCUGAGAAAUACGAGAUCCCCACGCUCACGAUCGUGCUUAACAACAAAGGUUGGAACUCUCCACGUCGGUCCAUGCUCCUUGUGCAUCCUAACGGCUCGGGAUCUAAAGCAACAAACGAAGAAUUGGCUAUCUCAUUCGAUCCAUCGCCAGAUUACGCCGGCAUUGCUUGGGCAGCCUCGGGACACAAAUGUUGGGCCGGUUGUGUAAAGAGCGUCAAAGAAUUGGCAAAGCUUCUGCCUGAAGCAAUAUCCAGUGUAAAGGCUGGGAUCGGCGCGGUUUUGGAGGUGCGGCUGGUCGAUGCAUUUCCAUCAGAGCCACAAGGAAGAGAACACCUUACCAACGGCGCAUGA